CAUUUUGACAUUUUUGGUACCGUAUCAUACCAGGUGAACAAACACCAUCAUCCCGAUACAGUACGAGCACGGUAGGAACUAGAAGACGUUCAUCGGCGUCUAGGAUUCUUCCACCCAUAACAAACGACACCAUGGCAGCCGAAACAGAAASAGAAUCAAAAGCAAAAGCCGGAGCCGGAGCCAGCACCAGCGACGCAGCCGGUGGCAACAGCUACAGCGACCGCGACAGCGACAACCCGGACCGCGAACAAGACCGUCCCCUCCACGUCGUCUUUGUCCACCUCGACCUCGGGAUCGGCGGGGCGGAGCAGCUCGUCCUCCAGCUCGCCAGGGCCUCCAGGGAACUCGGACACCGGGUGGAAAUCGUCACGACGCGGUGCGACCAGGACCACUGCUUCGCCUCCGUGAAGCGGCCGAACGGGGAGCUCUCCGAUUGCGUAAGGGUCUACGGGAGGUGGAUCCCCCCGAACAUCUCCGGGGUGGCCACGGCGCUCAUGUCGACGGUGCGGAUGCUCUACCUGACCUACAGGGUGGUGUCUUCCGCUUCUUCCGGAGGCGGGCACGGGUCGGCCGAUGUGGUGGUGGUGGACGUCCUGCCGACCUCCCUUCCGCUGCUCCUGGGAUGGAUGUCCCGCGCGGGCGUGCUCUUCUACUGCCACUUCCCCGACAAGCUGCUGCUGCGGAACCAGCGGGGCGGGCUGCUCAAAAAGUGGUACAGGAAGGCCCUCGACGCGGUAGAGGAAUCCACGAUGGGACUCGCGGACACGCUGGUCGUCAAUUCCGGGUUUACCCUGGGAGUGGUGGAAGAACAUUUUCCGGUCUUGUCGGCGAGGCGGAGGGAACAACACCGGCAGCAGCAACAGCAGCAGCAGCAGCAGCAGCAACAACAACAACAACAACAACAACAGGGACGACGCCCCCUGCAGCCCAUCGAGGUCUUGUAUCCCGCUCUGGAUACCUCCACCAUGGUCCAAUCCAACAACACCGACAAAACAAGCCGAUCCCCCAUUGUGUCCCUGAAUCGGUUCGAACGGAAAAAGAACAUCGGCCUGCUGAUCCGGGCGUACGCGUACGUCCAGGUCAGAGACGGUGGRGCGGGCCUCCCGCCCCUCGUGAUUGCCGGUGGGUACGACGCACGAAACGCAGAAAACGUCGAGUACCGGGGCGAGCUGGGAACCCUCGCGAAAGAACUAAAGGUGGACGUGGAUUUUCGGCUGGACAUCUCGGACGCGGAGCGGGCCUCGCUCUUCCAGACCGCCCUCUGCGUGGUCUACACGCCCGACCGGGAACACUUCGGGAUCGUCCCCCUCGAGGCCAUGCACGCCGGGACCCCCGUCCUGGCGGUCAACUCGGGCGGGCCCGUCGAAACGGUCCGGGACGGCAUCACGGGAUACCUGCGGGAACCGACCCCCUCCGCYUUUGGGACGGCCCUCCUGGAGUGGACAAGGAACCCCGAACGGGCCACGGCCAUGGGCCGGGCCGGAAAAAAACACGUGGAAGAGGUCUUUGGGACGGAGCGGUUCAGGGACGAGUGGGGGGUCCUGGUCCGGGAGACCAAGGCCGCGGCGUCGCGGCGGAAGGCGGGGGGGAGACCCUCCACCGGGCUCGUGCUGUGGGCGGGCGUGCCCGGGUACGCCGUCGAACUGGCGGUGGCCUAUGCCGCCGUCCUCCUGGCAACGGGGAUCCUGCGGUGGUUUGGUGCACUGGGCGCCUCGCAAUCCAUACCCGGAGCCCUCCGGGCCGCCGUGGUGGGCAGAGAAGAACUCUGACCCCACGCGGACUUGUUCUCCGAAUCGUUACUACCCGAAAAGUAGUGCACUCUGGUCUACACCUUCUUCACUGUACAAAAUGAAGCUUUGUCGCUCUG